UCCGGAUACCGCAUUUUGAUAUCAGUCUGUCAAGAAAAGUAGGUGUAGGUCCACAGAGCCUGCAGCCUACCAGCCAACCGACCAGCAGAGUUUCCACCCCAACAGCAGCCAUCUCCGAGCUGUGGCGAACAGAGGGUAGUCGCCGCGCAACAUGAAGACCCUGUUCUUGGUGCCCAUAGGCGCCUUACUGCUCUGGGCAAAUAUCGCCGCAGCAGACCCCAUCCCACAACCUAAAGAAAAUAAAGAAAAAGAAAAUCAGCAAGUCAAGCGAGACGCAUCGCUCGACUUUGGCGGAUAUGGAGGUGGCGCUGCAGAUUUAGGUGCCGGAGCGGUUGGCGGCUAUGGCGAUGGUGCAGCUGGCGGCUAUGGCGAUGGUGCAGCUGGCGGCUAUGGCGAUGGUGCAGCUGGCGGCUAUGGCGGUGGUGCAGUUGGUGGUUAUGGCGGUGGUGAUGCUGGUGGAUGGAAACCCGAAGUUGAGCAUCACCACCACGAGCCAGAGCCCCAAGGCAUCUGGAAAAAGAAACUCGUGUGGAAGGACGAAUGGGUGAAGGUUUGGCGUACUGAGAAGAAGCUCAUCUGGAAACCAGACUGGAAGAAGGUCCAGAAGGAAGUCUGGAAGGAGGUCCAGGUCCCUGUCUGGAAGGAAAUCCAAGUUCCAGUCUGGAAGGAGAUUCAAGUCCCCGUCUGGAAGGAGAUUCAAGUUCCUGUCUGGAAGGAAAUCAAGGUCCCAGUUUGGAAAGAAAUCCAGAUCCCCGUCUGGAAGGAAAUCAAGGUCCCCGUCUGGAAGGAAAUUCAAGUGCCAGUUUGGAAGGAGAUCAAGGUGCCAGUUUGGAAGGAAAUCCAAGUCCCCGUCUGGAAAGAAAUUCAAGUUCCUGUUUGGAAGGAGAUCCAAGUUCCUGAUUGGAAGGAGAUCAAGGUCCCCGUGUGGAAAGAAAUCCAAACUCCCGUCUGGAAGGAGAUUCAAGUGCCCAUCUGGAAGGAGGUGAAGACUCCCAUCUGGAAGGAAAUCAAGGUUCCCAUCUGGAAGGAGGUUCAGGUUGAGGACUGGAAGAAGAUCUGGGUUCCUGAGUGGCAGAAGGUUUGGGUGCCUCUGCCCAAACACCACGAAGUUGUUCACGAUGAUCACCACGGCCACGGUUGGGACCGCUCCGGACACGGCUGGGAUGAGCACCACGAACCCGAGGGCGUCUGGAAGAAGAAGUUGGUCUGGAAGCCCGUAUGGAAGAAAAUCUGGAGGACCGAGAAGAAACUGGAAUGGAAGGUCGACAAGCAGCUCAUCUGGAAGGUUGACAAGGUCCAGGAAUUCAAGACCGAGAAGAAACUCGAGUACAAGCAUGACAAGGAGUUGAUCUGGAAGGUGGACAAGAAACUGGUCUGGAGGACCGAGAAGAAGCUGGAAUGGAAGACUGAGAAGAAGCAGGAGUGGAAGACCGACAAGGAACUGAUCUGGAAACUGGAGAAGAAGCAGGAAUGGAAGACCGACAAGCAGCUCAUCUGGAAGCUGGAGAAGAAGCUCGAGUGGAAGACCGACAAGCAGCUCAUCUGGAAGCAGGACAAGAAACUCGUAUGGAAGCCAGAGAAGAAACUGGAGUGGAAGACUGACAAGAAACUGGAAUGGAAGACCGAAAAGAAGGAGGAGUGGAAGACGGAAAAGAAGCUGGAGUGGAAGGAUGACUGGAAACAGAUCUGGGUACCUAUCUGGAAAGAAAUUCAGGUUCCUGACUGGAAGAAGGUCUCAAAGCCAGUUUGGGAGAAGGUCUGGAUCCCCAUCCAUCACCCUGAGCCCGUGCACCACCCAGAACCAGUCAAGUCUGGCUGGUGGUGAGCCAAUCAGCUGAAUUAGUUUUCAAAUAAUCCAGUUGACUGACCCCUUGUAAAUAAUUCCAGUCCCCGAACGAGUUUAGUAAAAAUAAUUUUCCUCCUUUUUCUUCUCCGAGUACAAACCUUUCUUCCAAGUGAAUUAUCAUCCACCUCAACGUGCUAUGUUAAGAUAACCGGGCGCUCUUGAUACGUGGCUUGAAGCAAGUCAAAAAGUUUGUGUCAGUGGAGAAGUGAAGUGUGUCGAGCAUUCAGGGUUUUACUCCUGUUGUCUGUUGAUCCAACUUAUUGUAAAACAUAUUUUUCAUUUAAAAUCACGCCUUUAUGCAACUUGUUUCUACGAAAUAUUUGUAUGUGUCAAGUUGUAUUAUAACUUGUACAGUAAAAGUGAAACACAUUUUUUAUAAAAAUAA